UUCUGAAAAUUAUUUCAAUUUAACGUGUAUUUUGACGUACUGUUUACUCAUUCAUAUUCUACAAUUUUCGCAAAUGCGUUUACGAAUUUCGUUCCGUACAUAGUCGUUCUGUUUCACUGUUUAUGGAACAGAAUAAGACUGAACGCAUGGCACGUUAUAUUUAAUCCAAUUUUGUAUAUUAUUUUUUAAAAGAAUCACAUUAACGAGUAGAAGGGUGUUUAUUCUUAUUUAAGUAUUUUUAAUGUCAUUCGUUUAAUUUACGAGAAGUCUCGUUCUUUUACUAUGCAUUUUUUAACACAUAAUAGUAUCAUAGUGUUACCAUACUUAACGCAAAUGUAACGCAUUAGUAAUUGUUCGUCACUUGAUAACCGUUUGCUUAUAUCUCGAUACUGAAAUAUAUGUAAAUAAAGGUUUUCGUUUAUGUUCAAUUACAUGAAAUUUACGAGUAUCAAAGUUGAUAAAUAUUUUGUUAUUGGAUACAUAUUAAUUAAUACAGAAGUGUAAUGUUUGAAUAUAAAAAAAAAUAAAAAGAUAUAAGUAGGAAGACACAUAGAAUCUAUACAUUGAAGAAAUAAUUUAUUUUACGAGUAAAAACCAAAAUUCACAAUGCCGCAGAACGAAUAUAUUGAAAGGCAUCGUAAGCUGUACGGGCGACGAUUAGACUAUGAAGAAAGAAAAAGAAAAAGGGAAGCUCGUGAGCCUCAUAAACGCGCAGAACGUGCUCGUACUUUACGCGGCAUAAAAGCAAAAAUAUUUAAUAAGGAACGACGCAAUGAGAAAAUACAAAUGAAAAAGAAAAUUAAAUCUCACAUGGAAAAGAAAAUGAAACAAAAGUCGAAUGAUGUUCCAGAUGGAGCAUUGCCAGUAUAUUUGUUAGAUCGUGAUAUUAAAAAAGAUGCAAAAGUAUUAUCAAAUAUGAUAAAACAAAAACGCAAAGAAAAAGUUGGUAAAUGGGAUGUUCCAAUACCUAAAGUUAAAGCACAGUCAGAAUCUGAAGUCUUUAAAAUAGUGAGAAGUGGAAAAACCAAACGUAAAUCAUGGAAAAGAAUGGUCACAAAAGUGACUUUUGUUGGUGAAAACUUUACAAGGAAGCCGCCGAAGUUUGAAAGAUUCAUCAGGCCAAUGGCAUUACGUUUCAAGAAGGCACAUGUAACUCAUCCAGAAUUAAAAGCUACAUUCUGCAUACCAAUUAUUGGAGUAAAGAAAAAUCCAUCCUCCUCCAUGUAUACAAGUUUAGGGGUUAUUACUAAAGGAACAAUAAUUGAAGUAAAUAUUUCAGAAUUAGGUUUAGUAACACAGUCUGGAAAAGUAGUUUGGGGAAAAUAUGCUCAAGUUACGAAUAAUCCUGAAAAUGAUGGCUGUAUUAAUGCUGUAUUACUUGUAUAAAUUGUCAAUAUUGUACUAAACGUUUAUAAUAAAAAUUACAUUUGAACAAAUA